AUGCCAGGACCUUUAAGUGUGCAGAUCACCAGAUUCGAAAGCUUUACAAGUCACAAUCAUCUGACAGUGAUCAACCCUGGAAUGACAGAGAUCAAGAUGAGCUCCAAGCUAAAUUGGCGUGGUGGCUGGUGGGAAAGAUUGAUAUGGAAUGUGAAGGAGCCUCUUCUAAAGGUCUUAGGGAAAGCUUUGUUGUCCUAUGCAGAGUUAACAACAGUCCUUACCAGAAUCGAAGCUGUCAUUAACACCCGACCCCUCACAACAGCAAGUGAUGAUGUCAGGGAUCCUACACCCAUAAUGCCCGCUCAUCUUGCUCUUGGAAGAUCACUGUUUGACCUUUCUGACCUUAAAGAGGUCCCUGUUAAUGAAGACACAACAAGGCAACGUUACCUGUACCAACAGAGGCUCGUUAAUCACUUCUGGAAACGAUGGCGAGGAGAGUGUCUACAUCAGCUAUCCAUUCAACCUAAAUGGAACGAAGAGCAACCAGCCCUUAGUGUUGGAGAUGUAGUCCUGAUCUCCGAGGACAACGUAUCAAGGGGAAAGUGGCAAAUGGGACGAGUUGAGACAUUGUUUCCUGGAAAGGAUGGCCUUGUAUGCACUGUUGAAUUGAAGACACAGAAAGGAAACCUAUGCAGAGCCAUUCAAAGGCUACAUCAACUGAAAGCACUGGGCAUUUGCUGGAAUACGAUAACUGACUCUUUUCUGUUGAACAUUCUACAAAGUGUACUCAAGAUGAAUGACCCUGAAAUGAAGAGAAGUCUUUUGAGUAUUGCGUCGAGGAUAUUUGACCCCAGGGACUACUCACCCCGUUCACAGUUAUAG